AUGGCCCAAGAACGCAAGCUUCCCUUUGGGAAGAUCGAGCCCAACUCCGCCAAGUACUUCUAUAGCUGCGCUCUGGGCGGAAUCGUCGCUUGUGGCCCAACGCACACUGCGAUUACCCCUCUAGAUCUCGUCAAGUGCCGUCGCCAGGUCGACCCGAGUAUCUACAAGUCUAACGUCCAAGCAUGGCGCACCAUCUUCGCUAAGGAAGGCCUCAGCGGCGUCUUCUUCGGUUGGUCGCCCACCUUCCUCGGCUACUCGUUCCAAGGAGCCGGCAAGUACGGUCUGUACGAGUACUUCAAGUAUCUGUACGGUGACCAGAUGUUCACCGGAGGAAACCGCACCCUCAUCAAUCUGGGCGCCAGUGCCUCCGCCGAGUUCUUUGCGGACAUUGCGCUCUGUCCCAUGGAAGCAAUCAAGGUCCGGAUGCAGACUACCCUGCCUCCGUUCGCGGGCAGCGUGCGCGAAGGCUGGAGCAAGAUUGUCGCGAAGGAGGGCUUCGGUGGCCUGUACAAGGGCCUGGGUCCCUUGUGGGCUCGCCAGAUCCCGUAUACCAUGACCAAGUUCGCGACAUUUGAGGAGACCGUCAACCAGAUCUACAAGUACCUUGGGAAGCCAAAGGAUAGCUACAGCCAGCUUUCGCAGACUGGGGUCAGCUUUGCGGGUGGUUACAUUGCCGGUAUUUUCUGUGCCAUUGUCAGCCACCCUGCUGAUGUGAUGGUCAGCAAGUUGAAUAGUGAUCGUCAGGCUGGCGAGAGCGCUGGUGCUGCGGUCAGUCGAAUCUAUGGUAAAAUUGGAUUCUCCGGACUUUGGAACGGGUUGGGUGUCCGUAUUGUCAUGCUGGGCACAUUGACUGGCUUCCAGUGGCUGAUCUAUGACUCGUUCAAGGUGGCCUUGGGACUGCCAACGACUGGUGGACAUUAG